AACCCUGUUGGAAAAGAAACAUGGCUGCCUGCUUCGGUUGUUCUCUCUGAAAAAAAUUAGAAUUUAUCCGGCAAAAAAAGAGUGCAAUACGAAUUAAUGUAUGUAUUAAGAACUUAAAUGACCAAAAUCAAAUCAAUUGAAAAAACAAAGUUGCGCCAUCAGCCAGCUAGAGCAACAACAAACGGGGAGGGCGCGCGCGUUCCAUUUAACAAGAAGAACAACAAUACUUGCCAAGGAUAACAACGUUGAGAAGAACGCAGCCACAAAAAUGGGAGAAGUGAAAUCGGUCAAAGUGGACAACUGGGGAGUCUUCUUCCUGCAGAAGCUGCAGAAUUUCUUUAACAAAACUGACUACUGCGACCUAACACUGCAGUUCCGUGAUAAUUCACAAUUAAAAGUGCAUCGCCUGGUGCUAAGCGCUUGCACCGACUAUUUCAAUGCUCUGGAGCAACAGUGCGAAAUAGUCGACGACGCCCUCAUUAUGCCCAACGAGUUCCAGGCGGAUGUUGUGGUGCCCAUUGUCAACUUUAUGUACACGGGCACCCUGGAGUUUGAGUUGAAAAUGUAUGGCAAACUGCUGCGCACCGCCAAGGAGAUGAACAUGACAGUGCUGCUGAAGCUAUUGGAGGCACAUCGUCGCACCAUGGAGAAUGUUAAUCGCCAGCAGAGGCCCCCCAGUCCGAAGGGUAUACGACGCCGGACCGUGGGACCAGCCAUUAAUACAGGUAGUCCCCAACAGCGCGUAACAGUACCGGCCCAGCAGAGCCGCGUUGUCAGCAACACAGUUGUGGGGGCGGCCUCGGGAGCCACAUUGAGACCAAAUUUACAGCGUGCGAGUAUAGGGAACACAAUGAUUCGGACGACGACAAGCAACAAACAAGAGCCCACCUCUCCCUUUGAGCAGCUGCGCAAGGGAUACAACAACAAUAAGCGACCGGCACAGACGAGUCUCCUGUCGCCGCCUUCGAAGAAGCCCAGCCUAGAGGAGGUCAAAGAAUUUGCCGAGCAACAGCGGAUGCGUAAGCAAAUUGCGGCCGAAUUUGGUGACAAUGAUCCGGAAUACGAUGGCGGCAUGCUCUACGAUGAUGUCCAUGCAGACGAUGAUGACGACGAUUUGCCACCGCAGCCAUCCACAUCCAAGCAAAACCAGCCGACAACUCCACAGCAGGGCUCACAGACCCAGCUGGAGCAUGGCACAACGACCAUCAUCCUCAAACAGGAGUCGCCCAGCCAGACGCCGACGAUUAUUGUGAAGGAUUCAUCCAAUGCCAAGCUGAAUCACACCAAAAUCAUAGCCGAAGUCUUGCGACAGUAUCCGCAUAUCGUCAAGGGCCACAAGAACAUCAAGCUAAAGAUUAUGCCCAACAAUACGCCAACUAAUAGUCCCGCAGAGAAGGCAGCCUCACCUGUGAAGCGUGGUUCGCCAGCAGUAGCAGCCACUGCGCCAACUCAAUCCUCAUCGGCAUCGGGGGGGCCCACAUCGCCGCACAAGAAGCUGCAUGUUUCUUUCAAAACGGACAAAUCCACACCGUUGAUAACGUCACAGCAGAAGGCAACGGCAACGACCCAGCAAAAGACAUCAGCAGUUGCGCAGUCCGUCCCAGCCCAGACAUCAGCAGCGGCAGCAGCAGCGACAACAGCCAGCUCCACGGCAGCGGCAUCAGCCCAGAAGCGUCGAAUCGACAGCAAGACGAUGCAUACUUUGAUUGCACAGGGAGCUGAGAAUACCACCGGUCCCUGGCUGUGUCUACGGUGUGGAGUUAAUGGACGGCCCAUUAGCAUUCCUUCGUACAGGGGCUUCAGACGGCAUCUCAUUAACACGCAUAAGGAAACCAUCGACCCGGCACUGUGCGAGCAUUGCGGCUGGCGAUCGCCCAACAACAGGGAGUUGCAUUUCCACAUUUACACGGAUCACCAGAUCAAAUCGCAGCUCUACACUUUUACCGAGUGUGCCCUCUGUGAUCAAACGUUUUUGACCAAAGCCGACCUCGAGGGUCACAUCAAUGAGGCACACACGGACGAGAACAAGCAACAGUGCAUCUAUUGCAACAAGGUCUUUGAUCAAGAGCUGCAGCUGUACAAGCACAUGAAGGGCUAUCACAAGACCCAGGCCCUGGAGGAUGGCAUCAUUGAUGAGACGGAUGAGGAGUAUCAAGGCUCACAAGACGACGACGAGGAGGAACCUGAGGAAGAGCAAGAGCAAGAGCCGGAGGGCAAGGUUCGCAUACUCUCAAACAUCAGUUUGCCUGCCCACAGUGCCAUAGCAGCGCAGCGGGUCAGCGCUGAUCAAGAAGCGGAGGAGGAGGAGGAGGAGCAUGAGGAUUUGGAGCAGCCGCAGGAGGUGAAGUUCGUUGGAGCUGAUGGCAAUGAAGUGGAGCUCACAGACGAGCAACGAAAAGAGAUCCUCUCGCAGCUGAAUCAACAACAAGCUGGCGCCGCCGCCGGCGGUGUGGUAAUGGUACUCAGCGAGCCGGAGGUGGAAAACGCAAAGCAGGAGGGCGACGUCAAAUCCCUGGCCGGCACCGAAGAGGAGUACGACGACAGUCAGAUCUACAGCGAACUCGGUGCUGCCGAUUCAGUGGAGAGUGGCAAGAAGAGCGAGACCGGCACCAGUGCGGCCGAUGAGAGCAAAGAGUCCAUUGACAAUUUGGAAUGGGCAGAGAAUCUAAUUGCCGAAUCCGAGGAGCAGAACAGCAAAGAGAAACCAGAGAAACCUCGCGAUGACAUUAGUGAAAAACUAAAGGAGUUGACGGGCGAUUGGACCGAAGACGAGAAUGAGGAUGAAAUGAUGGAUAUGGAAAAGCCUGGAAGCACAGAGACUGUUCUCGGCAAACAACAGCCCGAGAAAACAGUGGAAACCCAGCCCAUGGCUGAGGAAAGCAAUAUCGUUGAAGAGGAGGAGGAAGACGAUAUUGAUUUGGCUCUAAAAUCGAUGCACAAGGGCACCGACGAUACGUCAUCAAAGACCAAUAGUGCAGCAGAGCAGCCUGCUGCGGCCGGUGGCUGCGAGGAAGAAGUCGGUGUAGAAGUCCCGGCCACCAGUACAACAACUAGACAGGACGAAAGGAUGGAUGUGGACACGGAUACGGCUGAGGAGGACCCCGCACCAGCUGUAGCUGCUGCUACGAAAACAGAGACAGACAUUAAUAUCAAGCGAGAGCAUGAGGAGGAGCAGGAGUUCAUUAAAGAAGAUGCGACAGGAGCAGAUGUAGCCACGCCAGAUGUGGAAAUCGAUUCAAGUACAGCCUUACCUGCCAACACUGUGGAGCAUGUGGUGGGGGAGGAAGAGGAACAUUUGGAGACGGACAAUAUGCGCAAGGAGUUGCUGGAUGAAUUGAUAGCCCAGGCGGAGUUGCCCGAAGAUGACAAGAGUAGUACUCCCCUGGAAGCGAUAGAAGCAGCAGCAGCGACCACAGUAGACACAACAGACAGUACCGAGACAGAUGCAGAUCUGGUGCCUCUAACCCAGCUGCCUGCCGAUCAUCCAAGCCAGGCGGAGAUCAUUGAGCCGGAAGCAGAGACAACAGCUGAUAAUAACAAUGAUGGGAAGACGACAGUAGCAGUGGAGGCUGCAUCAAAGGAAACAAAGGUUGACGACACGCCAAACAGCAGCAGCGAUGCAGGAGCCGCCACAGAUAAGACGUCGGCGUCGGCGGUCGUUGAGGUAGAGGAGGCGGCAAGUGCGGAUAAGGUAAAGAGUCUCAGCAGCGAAUGGGCCGAUGAUGAUGAAGAUGAGGAUGAGAAUGGGGUUAGUGCUGCGGCAAAGGCGGAACUAUAAUUACUAGAUUUAUUUAUGUUCUAAGUUUCGUUUUUCUACACUGUCGUGUCAGGCCAAAGGGUAGCCAGAAAGCCUAUCUGAAGUCCAGAAGAAUUUUCGGUUUCGAUUGUAAAUUAAAUUAGUUAAAUAAGGACUGAGAAGAGCAUACCCAUACAUAAAAAAACUAUACGCAAAGAUAUGUAUAAGAUCUAAUCUGCAAGUCUCACGUAAUUAGAAAUAUAGAUCCCCCUUCCUACCGCCCGACCUUAAACCCAUCUAAAAAUCAGCAUUAAUCAGAGAUCCAGAGACCAACAAAUCCCCCGCACAUUUUGCUAUUUUAUCAUUGUUUUUCUUAACAAUCAACCCAACAUAAAUUACCUUUAGAUAAACCCUUUUAUAUAUACAUAAAUAUAUACAUAUAUACAAACCUACACGCGUAUAGAGAUUUAUAGUUA